AUCGAACACAACCAUUAUUACUGCCUGACAUCUGGUCAGUGGCGACGCGGGAAAUCAGCCCAACAGAACUCGCAGACCUAGGAUUGGCUGUCCUUGCGACUAUAUGCCUAAAGUCUACCGCCGGACCCUGCAAACGUAUAUAGACAGGUGCGCCGCUGAUGGUGCGUUCGAGCAGCGCACUUAUUGCCCGUCAUCGUCGCAAAAUUCUGCACAAGCCUCGCUGUUGCGAGACGAUAACGCCAACAUGAGGAAUGCUAUGUUGGAAGUCAUCACGACCCUGCCAGCUGAGCCUCCAGCACGAGAUCUCCCAGAUAUGAGCCGACUCAAGAUCCGCAGCCAUGACGACGACAGGCGGCCCCGAAUGCGAUCACGGUCGCGCCGGCGGUCUCGCUCAAGGUCCCGCAGGAGGCACCGGGACGAUGAUUCCUACCAUCGAUCUGCCCGGUCAACACCAAUGCAUACGCCACGCAAAGACGUUCGCUUUUUCGAUGAGAGCCCACCGCCUAGAAGCCGAAAAGCUGUCGUACCUGAUCGACCCAAGUCCUACGCGAGGGAUGCGCCACCUAUUGCACUGGGAGAAAGCGCCAAGGACACCGCGCGACGGCUCUACACUGAUCAUCGACGCCACUAUCGCGAGGACUCUGCAUCUUCCGCAAGCCUUGCGGGCAGCCGUGGAGGUAGUCGAGUCACAAGCGGCGCCAACAGUCCUGUCAGUGCGAGAAGGCCGGAUCCUGUGGAGAGGCUGAAGACCAGGAGACCCGGAGUCGACAGAGUGUACAGUGCGGAUACGGUGCGGCGAGGUGACCUUGCAGCGACGAGCAACGUUGCCGACGCAGGAUCCGCAAUGUUAUUGCCAAUGGACCUGCGGCCAUCGAUGGGACAUAGGAGGUGGCAUUCUAGGAGCUGAACACCGUCCUGCAGCACUCAUCUGGCGCAUCUGGAAUAUGGGAGACUGACCAACUCGGUUUGCCUGGCCAGCAUCAUCAUCAUUAUCAU